GGCAUUGUAUUGAGUUAUUGCACUCACGAGCAGCAGCACCGCUUCUGUGGAUGCGGUGACAGCAUAAGUAACAUUUCUGUUAAAAAAAAAAAAAAAAAAAAAAGAGAGAGUCUGUCUGUCUAGCCGUUUGGAUUUCUUGAGAGUUUGAUCUCAUCGCUUCACGUCUCCGUUGGUUUGAUGCAUGCUGUCCCCAUUGUCAACCUGCUGGGGGCCUAAAAGUGAAGCAGCACCCGGCUUUAUGAAUGGGGAUGCUCGGAGGGUGUUUCUAUGGAAACAAAAGCAGGUGAGGGCAUUAACAGGAAGAAGAGAAGAGGCUCAGCUGGAGGGGGUGGAGACAGAAGAACGAGGUCAAUGUGCUAAAAAAAAUAAAGUUCCCAGGCUGACUGUGAUUGAGGCCCCUCGAAUCAUUCCAAGGUCCUUAAGAAGGAUUAUAUUCAAGAUUUGGAAAGUUCUUUGUGCAAAACCAAACCGCCGCCAUGCCGAUCCUGAAACAGCUAGUGUCUAGCUCCUCCCAGAGCAAGCGCCGCUCACGCAUGGACCUGACCAGGGAGAUGAUCAGCGCUCCGCUGGGCGACUUCCGCCACACCAUGCAUGUAGGCCGCAGUGGUGAUGCGUUCGGUGACACCUCCUUCCUCAGCACGCGCUCGGGGGAACCUCCCCCUGAAACCAAUUUCUUCCCCCGCUCUCCUCGGCCCGGCCUCCUGUCUCGCACCUUCAGGAGCAGCAAGCGCUCCCAGUCAGUGACCAGAGUAGACCAGCAGAGAGACAACACCCUGGUGACUCCUGGUGGGUCCCCCACCUAUGUGAAGAAUGCCAUGUCACUUCCCUUCCUCAAUGGUGAGGACAGAGGGGACUGUCUUCUGGCCAAGAGUUUGUCCUCGAGUCCUUUAAAGCAGCCCGGGGAGGUGGAUGGGAGAGGCGCAACUGCAGCCGCUCACUACCUGGAGCUGGAAGAGCAGAGCUUUGGUGAGCUAACAGAGCUUCCAGAGAGCUCCCACCACCACUACGGCGGUGGAAUGAAGCACGCUGAGUCGGUAAUGUCUUUCCAUGUCGACCUGGGACCCUCCAUGCUGGGUGACAUCCUGGGGGUGAUGGAAAAGGAGGAUGACGAUCUCGGCUACGAGGAGGGCAAGAGCAGCGAGGGCCGUGCCUCACCACCUCUCAGCACCCACGGCGAGGAAGAGGAUAGUGUCGAGAGAAACAAAGAUGAGGAUGCAGAGGAGGAGGAGGAGGAGGAAGAGGAAGGCUCUGCAGAACUGCAGCAGCAGGCCUCUAUGCAUCUAGACAGCUCUGUAGAUCUGGGGCCUGAGAAUGGAAGUCCCUACACCCCAGAGUACACUCCCGAGACUCGGCCCAAACAUUUGCAGCAUCUAGACAGCUGCUCCAUGUCCAGCUCUGGCUCUGCUGCCCUGGACGAGAAGCCAAACAGCCCGACCUAUGCAGGAGAUACAGACAGCGCCACUUUCAGUGCUCCGCCAGAGGAGGAGAGCAACUUCUCCUCCUUCUUGGAAGAUGAAGACGAUGAGAUCCGCGUAUGAGUCUCCGAAGUCUUCUAAACCAAUAAAAAAGGACAGAGCUCUGGAAGGGGAAUAAGUGAAACUAGCAAGUGCUUUAACAGUGUGGAUUUGCAACUGAACAGAAAUAAGACACUGUUGUCGGGUACUGUGGGAAUGGGACUGUGAAGAAGACGGAGGACGCUGACUUUGUAGGUCUGCAAGGAAAGAGUCGCUGCUCCUAUUUGGAAGAGCCCAACUCCAUCUGUCAGAGAGCCUUACCCUCCACUGUCUGUCAACCCGGCUCUCCCUUUUCAACACUGAGGGAACUGACAUGGAAGAGCAGCCUCUCGUUAGAAAUAAACUUUUAGGAAAAACACUUUCCACAACUAAAGCUCAAUUCACGCUUUGUCGCUCUUUUCUCUCACUUGACGUGUCACAUGGCUUUUCAAAUUUGGCUCGCCUCCCUUCUUGUUGUGCUUUGUCUCGCUGGCCGUGGGACAUCAUGAGGCCUGAGCUGAACAGAAGGCCUCUAUCGCCACAGGAUUACUGGUGGGUAUCUUGUAACAAUAAAGGGGGCUGUGUUUGUCACUGGAGUGUGAAGCCCUGAGUUGAGCCCCUUUCAUCUGAAGAUGAUAUAGUACAGUGCCAAAGAUCUGUCAGUUUUCUCCCUUAUGUAACUCUGUGUCCUUGUGACAACUGCUCACAGGCGGCCUUUCCCUGCUGUAAAGCUGGACCACAAAGCCCAAAACCAUAAUUCUCUUCUGUUUUUCAUUCACUGUGAGCGCUACACAGGCUUACCCUCCGUGUAUAUUAGAGAAAACCAGGGCUGUAAAGCUGAUGGCGAAGCAUUGGCCUGCAUUAACUAAAAAAAGCCUGGUGUUACUACAGGAAGCCAGAGGAGUGAAGAGUGGCCCACUGGGGGAGAGGUUGUACACUGUGUUUCUCUUUUCCCAAUGGACAGAUUCUUUUUUUUUUCCUCCACCCUGAAGCCAUAAUAAUGAUGUUGAUGAUGUUACAGAUUUCUGAUAACUGACAUGGAUUGGCUAUCUUCCACAUUCUAAUGUCAUUUACAGUUGAAACUGAAACGUUUGAUAACCACUUCCUUCCUUGUUUGCGUACAUCCGAGCAGCUGCAGUGGUGCAACUGAACAGUUUAAAAGAUGUUGAUCCUCAUUGGUCCAAUGGGCUGCCUUUAUGUAUAGACAAGUUUCCACUACUUUGUGAGGAGGGCUUUAGGUUAUUUAUUGUGCAAAAUCAGCAGGCACAAUUAAGCCAGACACUACUGGUAUUUGGUGGUUAAUACCUGUUGCGUUUCAUUUUUAUCUUUGAAGAAAAAAAAAAAAAAAAAAAAAAAAUCUUUGCUAUGUUUGUAUUGAGUCUGUUUAUAGAGUAGAUGAAAAGGAAAGACACGGCCAGCAAUGGCAAGAGAAUUAAAAAAAAAGGUGGCUAUUUUUCUGCAAGUUGCAUCGUCAUUGCAGCUCGACCGUAUCUUUUGCAUCAUUAAAAGCUGCGGACAGAAGUAUUGGGGCUCAGUUGCGCUGAUUGAUUUCACUGCCUUAACUGAAACUGACAGAUGUGCCAAAUCUUAGAUUUCUAGCAAAAAAUAAUUCUACAUUGUGACGCUCAAAUUUGGGAGAGCCUGUCAAAUCUGUUCCUUCUCUGUAUGAUUAUCACUUCUGAAGUUAAGUUUAAGGCGGCGUUUCAACUUGUAGGUUAAAUAAAAAUAAAGAUGUGUUGUAAAAAAAAAAAAAUGUGCAUAACUGGAUAUUUAUAUUUCCAAUCACUCAAACACUACAUAAUGUAUUCAGGUGAUUUCUAUGGUUAAAGGUGUGUGCGACUGGGAAGUUAUCAUUGUUGCCCUUUCUGUAUAAUGUUGUGUAUUAUGCCUUACUUCUUUACUGUUACUUUGUUCUGUAUUAUCCAAAAUAACCUAUAUUUUUCAAUAAAAGAAAUCCUGAACAUCUUUACGUCUUCGUAUUUAAUGCAGCUUGGUCUCAGAGCAUCAGAAGGGAAUGUGGCAUAAGUGCUACUCAAUCAGCAGCAUUAACAAAGGAAUUCCUAGACUGCCAUCACUGCUUCCUGUCACUUUGCUUUGGCUCUCCCAGAAGAGGAAGGAAGGAAGCAAUUUAGGCCUAGUUGUAUGUGUCUCUUUAAGUAUUAGCUAUACAAGCUGAGAAUGCUGUGAUGACGUGUGUGUGUGUGUGUGUGUGUGUGUGUGUGUGUGUGUGUGUGUGUGUGUGUGUGUGUGUGUGUGUGAGUGAGAGAGAGAAAAGAGUCAACAUGUACGUAAAUACCCUUCAAACUCCCUCCCCUCUAUUUUCAUGCUGUCGUUCAAACAGCUAAGCAGCAGCUCAACAGAUCCUUUGCAUUAAUAAUGUCCAAACUACAGAAGACGUUGGACAAAAGACGUUUUUUUUUUUUUUCCAACAGCGAAAAUUGCGUAAUGUCUUCAGAUACAAUCCAUAUUAAGUUUGCUAAUUUAAUCACCUUUAACUCAUGAAAACAGUCGUAUGUAAAAAAAAAAAUAAACCAAGUAGAGUGUGUCAAAGAAAGGCAUGGAACAGUCAUAGUAUAUAGAAUGUUGAAAAGCAUGUAAAAUAUAUUCUAGCAUGUUGGGAAAAGUAACAGUAUAGCAUGUCGAAGAAAGUAAUAAUAUAAAAUGUCGAAAUAUUUUUUAAAUAGUCAUAAUAGUAUGUUGAAAAAAGUAAUAUAGUAUGUAAAAAAAAAUACACGAUACAAUAGUAUAUUUUUUAAUACUACAACUAUUAUUGCUAGGUUAGUACAGCAACUACUUCUGCUAUAAUUGCUACUUUUACCACAACUACAACUAUUACAACUAAAACUAAUUCAACUCCAACAACUUAUCCUACUAGUUGAUUUGAUAGCUACCAAAUGUUUGUUCAAUUCGCUCUACUUCUUUGUCUCCUUCAAGUCCUUCUGCUCAUCCAGAAGUCUGGACAAAAUACAGAGAUAUGUGGUUUACACCAACAUUUACCAAAAAGAUAAAGUCUCUCAUGCUCCAAUGCCAGCCUUUAAUUCACCACUUUCAGGAAGGACAAGGUAGAUUGUAUAACACAAACACAGGUAGAUAUGUUAGACAGGUAGACAUUAAUAAUCUGAUUAUGUAAUCACAAUGUGCCUUGUGCGACAAUGACAAGACAUUCACAUACUUUUAUAUUUCUUUGCAAAUGUAGAUGUGGAAAUACGUGUGUGUAUCUGGUAUUGUAGUCUAUCCUUUAUAUGUCUGCCUUGUAAAGCACUUUGUAAUUGCUGCUUGUUUUGAUAGAUUUUAUAUAAAUAACCUUUAUUAUU